GGGGCAGAGAGCAGCAGCAGAGCCGUCACUGCUCCGCUUGUCUGUAUCGUCGGGACUUACAAAGUGGCCGGGCGGGGGAGACAGCCAGCGAGCCAGUCAGCCAGCACACCUCGGGAUCGGGGGAAGAUGGAAAUAAGUCGUCGCUGUCGAAUACCUCCUUUGUGCGUUAUCACACCCGCGUCGUAGCAUCCAGGACAACUUAGCGCGCGCUGUGUUUUGUUCGUUUUCCGUUUUGGAAGCCACCGCUGUUAGCUUAGCUUUAGCACCCAGCCGCUGGUACUGUCAGACACACAGGUACGGGCGAGGAGAGGAGGUGUUGGUGACAAAGGAAGGUGGCGAGGUAACGAUGAACCGCUUUCGAAAGUGGCUGUACAAGCCCAAGCGGACGGACCCCCAGCUCCUGGCCCAGUUCUACUAUGCCGAUGAAGAACUGAACCAGGUGGCCACUGAGCUGGACAGCCUCGAUGGCAGGAAGGACCCACAGAGAUGUACUCUGCUGGUCAACCAGUUCCGCUCCUGUCAGGACAAUGUGUUGAACAUUAUCAACCAGAUCAUGGAUGAAUGUAUCCCUAACGACCGGGCCAACAGAGACUUCUGCGUCAAGUUCCCAGAGGAGAUUCGUCAUGACAACUUGGCAGGGCAGCUGUGGUUUGGGGCUGAGUGUUUGGCAGCUGGCUCCAUCAUCAUGAACAGGGAGAUAGAGAGUAUAGCUAUGAGGCCCCUGGCUAAGGACCUUACUCGCAGCCUGGAGGAGGUACGCAACAUCACUAGAGACCAGGCCCUGAGAGACCUCAACUUUUACACAGACCGCAUGAAGGACGCAUUGCGACAUUUUGACAGCCUUUUUGCUGAGUUUGAGCUCAGUUAUGUGUCAGCCAUGGUGCCUGUGAAGUCUCCCAAAGAAUACUAUGUACAACAGGAGGUGAUUGUGCUCUUCUGUGAAACUGUAGAGCGCGCCCUGAAGCUGGGCUAUCUCACACAAGACAUGAUCGAUGACUAUGAACCCGCACUGAUGUUUACAAUUCCCAGACUAGCCAUUGUGUGUGGGCUGGUUGUGUAUUCAGACGGACCUCUAGACUUAGACCGAAAAUCAGAAGACAUGUCUGAGCUGUUCCGGCCCUUUCGCACUUUAUUAAAGAAAAUAAGAGAUUUGCUGCAAACCCUGACUGAGGAGGAAUUAAUGACACUGGAGAGGAACCUCUGCAUAUCCCAGGAUGGGGAGAUGUCCACAGGCCAAGGGCUGGCAACCAGCACCACACCAGCACAGGUCCAAGAGAAUCACUCAUCCUGCAGCACCGCUAAUGACACUUCCAAAGGGGAGAGCGAGAGGGAGCAGGAAGAUCUGGCUCUGUUUGUCUGUCCCAGCCAGGAGGAGGAAUUGGCAGAAGUGGAGAAGGGCUGGGAGGAGGUGGAAACUGAGCGAUGGGAGGAGGAGCAGGAGCAGGGACUGCUGUGUGAGGAGGCAGAGGAGGCGGAGCUAGCCUGCUCUAUGCAGUAUGACGAGGAGGAAUUGGAGCAGCUGAACAUGAUGGUGUAUCGCGUUGGAGACGAGAUGUCCACUCUGCUCUCACCUCCUAGCCAAGGUCAGUCACCCGCCCACAACCCCCAAAGAAGAGAGGCAGGGAGCUCCAGUGGGGCUUCCAGCACUGAAGCCUCUCCCCGCAGGCUACUGGUGGGUCGGGGAAGGACUGGUAUUUACGUAGAAGAAGAGGAUAGAGUCUUCUUUAUGGAGGACCUGGAUGCAGCAGGAGAAAGCAACACCAGCAUCUCAAAAGAGGCCUGUAUUUGUGUGGCCUCACCCUCCAAAGCACCCGAGUCUGCUGGUCCUGUACAGCAGAAAUCAGGCCCACGGUCAGACUCUGUUAAAAAUGGGUGGUACUCUGAGACUCAUUCAGAGCAGCCAUACCCACAGCCAAGCAGCCAGAACACACAUGGUCCUAUUGCAAAGCGGCCUCCUUGCACCUCCGUGCCCGGCUCUGAACCUCUGCCUUACACCAACGGGUGGGAGAUGGGUUUAGAAGGAACCGCAUCUGAAACAGCGGAGGUCAUUGCCCACCGUAUGGGUGGGAUGAAGCUGUCUGCCACAGUCAUCUUCAACCCUCGCUCCCCUAGCUUAACAGAACUGACUGUGGACAAGCUCCUGCUUCCGCAGCCCACUCCAUCUGAUGUUGAGCCCUGUGGCCCCCUGGUGGCCACCCACUGCCUUCUCAACUCCUGUGUUUGCUGUGGGAGCUGUGAGGAUGGCCACGAGGAGGCUAUCACCACUGAGAACGCUGGACUUGGGUUAGGACUCAAUCUAGGAUUGGACAAACACUGUAAGACCGCCGCCCCCAGCUCUGUUAUCCAGUCUUCUGCUUGCCGGCUGCCGCCUCAAGGUCAUGAGCCUAAGGGUGAGCUCUCUCAACUGACUCCACUGUCGUCUCGCUCCUCAGCUGAGCCUCUGGAAGAUGAAGGAAACGCGCAGUUCUGUCAGAAGUGCCUGUUGGUGUCUCCAGGUCCUGAUCUGCAUUCUCAGGACUGUAGAGGAGGGGAUAUCCCCCUGUGCAACCACCAACAGAGGACUGAAAAGACACAUCAGGCCAGUGGAGGCAAACAGAGGGACAAAGAGGAGGAUAAGGACAAACCAGGAACUAAAGACUCAAAAAGAGAUGCCAAAGAGGACAGCAGGAAGAGCACCAGUUUUCAGAACUCCCCCCACAGCUCUGUGUCAGGUAGUGACUGUGAGAGUGUGUCGGUCACCACAUGUAGUCUGUCAAGCAGUGCUUACACUCCCAGCCCUGUCAGCAGUCUGACCCCUAGCUCAGGGAUGUCAGAAGACCCAGACCAUCAGGAGAUCCAGCAGGCUCUGCAAGACGCCAAGUUGGCGGCCAGGAACAAGAUCCGAUCACGCUUCCACAGCAGCAGUGACCUCAUUCACCGUCUCUUUGUUUGUAUAUCAGGCGUCGCUGAUCAGCUGCAGACCAACUAUGCUAGUGACCUUCGCAGCAUCCUUAAGACUCUCUUUGAAGUCAUGGCAACCAAGUGUGAGCAGGGAGACAAUGAAAAGCAAAAGAAAGGUCCUGUUCUACGUAGUGCAGUGCUGGAGGACUGUGCUCUCUGUCAGGAAACUAUUUCUUCUUCGGAAUUGGCAGCCAAGGCAAGGGAAGGCCAGUUCGAAGACCCUCCUGACUGGGUCCCAGAUGAAGCGUGUAACUCUUGCAUAGCCUGCAAAGCUCCCUUCACCGUCAUUCGCAGGAAGCAUCACUGUAGGAGCUGUGGAAAGAUCUUCUGCUCUCGCUGCUCCUCUCAUUCUGCUCCUUUGCCCCGAUAUGGCCAAGUGAAGCCCGUCAGAGUAUGCACACACUGCUACAUGUUUCAUGUCACGCCCUUCUACAGUGACAAGGCUGGCAUCUGAACUCGGAUUAUCACCAAAAGCCCACAGUCUGCCACAACAGGAACAUAUGCAACAGACCAAGGCUGUGUAUAAAGCAAAUGCCACACUGCUCUGGUAAAUCUUAAUGGCCGUCAUCAUCCCCGCUAAGCAAGGCUUGGAAAAUAGGCUAUUAUAGAUGACAGAGCAGCAAGACAACAGAAACAGCCACCGAGAUGAUUAGACGGGUUUUUGAUGC